GGGCGGGGAAAAGCGUCGUCGCGUCCGGGUGACGUCUCCCGCGGGCGUCGGCAGGGUCGGCGGCGUCGGCAGAAGUGUCGACGGCAGCGGUGGCGGCGGGUGGGAAAUGGCGGAGUAUCUGGCCUCCAUCUUCGGCACCGAGAAAGACAAAGUCAACUGUUCAUUUUAUUUCAAAAUUGGAGCAUGUCGUCAUGGAGACAGGUGCUCUCGGUUGCACAAUAAACCGACGUUUAGCCAGACCAUUGCCCUCUUGAACAUUUACCGUAACCCUCAAAACUCUUCCCAGUCUGCUGACGGUUUGCGCUGUGCCGUGAGCGAUGUUGAGAUGCAGGAACACUAUGAUGAAUUUUUUGAGGAGGUUUUUACAGAAAUGGAGGAGAAGUAUGGGGAAGUAGAGGAGAUGAACGUCUGUGACAACCUGGGAGACCACCUGGUGGGGAACGUGUACGUCAAGUUUCGCCGUGAGGAAGAUGCGGAAAAGGCUGUGAUUGACUUGAAUAACCGUUGGUUUAAUGGACAGCCGAUCCACGCCGAGCUGUCACCCGUGACGGACUUCAGAGAAGCCUGCUGCCGUCAGUAUGAGAUGGGAGAAUGCACACGAGGCGGCUUCUGCAACUUCAUGCAUUUGAAGCCCAUUUCCAGAGAGCUGCGGCGGGAGCUGUAUGGGCGCCGUCGCAAGAAGCAUAGAUCAAGAUCCCGAUCCCGGGAGCGUCGUUCUCGGUCUAGAGACCGUGGUCGUGGCGGUGGCGGUGGCGGUGGUGGAGGCGGCGGCGGACGGGAGCGUGACAGGAGGCGGUCGAGAGAUCGUGAAAGAUCUGGGCGAUUCUGAGCCAUGCCAUUUUUACCUUAUGUCUGCUAGAAAGUGUUGUAGUUGAUUGACCAAACCAGUUCAUAAGGGGAAUUUUUUUUAAAAAACAACAAAAAAAAAAACAUACAAAGAUGGGUUUCUGAAUAAAAUUUGUAGUGAUAACAGUA